AUAUUAUAAUCUAUGGCAUAGUGUCUGGCUUGUUCGGUCCAUUUGGUUGUCAGUGCUGUUUCAUUUACAAAAUUGCUCCAUUCCAGUCAUUGUAAAAUAUUUACCUGAGUUUAACCUUCUAAGAAGUGUGUACUAAAUAUUGUGCCAUGCCUUCCUUUUUAGAUAAGAGGCCCUGCAAUAUGAUUUUAAAAUUUCUCUAGGAACACAGUCAACACCAAAAAUGGACAUUCAAUCUGUAGAGGAAGCAAAUAAUUUGCUUAGUAAUGGUAUAUUGGUUCAAACACCUAAAGGGUUAGUUUGCUUGUCCUUGAGUGAUGCUCUAUCUUCUGGGUUGAAUCUCUCUGUGGAAGAUCUGCAAAAGCUAGCAGCUGAGCUGCUUCUGCAACAGGAGAGUAAGAAAUCAACUGCAAAGGAUAAGCCUUUGAUAUCAGUGCAAUCCGUCCAAGCAAUAAACUCCAGUUUUAUACUCUCUGAUGGACUUGGUGAUAGUGAUGGAUUUACAAGUGAAUCAAGUGAUUUCAACUUAUUACAAAACACAUCUGCAUCAUCUACAUCAACAUCAUCACUACUGCCAGCCAAAAAACAAGAUAGGGGCCAUAAGUAUAUCUCACUAACACUAGACAAUGAUUUAAUUGAGUUGACCACAGAUGUGGAAAGUUUUAUGAGCUCAAAUGUUUCUGACUCUGAUGCAAGUAGUGUCAUGCUUGCUACCAAAACUGAGGUACAAGAUAAAUCAGAAUUAUACAUAUUGUAUAAAAGGUGA